GACGUAGUACACACUAACAGACAAAUAUGGCUGCGCCCAGUGUUUUGUUUGCGUCUAGCACUGAAGAUUACAAUCCAGAUGAAUUUGUAAAGCAAAUUCUCAAUGUACCAGAACUUCCGCCUUCCUGCUGUGUUACGAAAAAUGUAUGCGCUUACAACUGGCACGUUGACACCAAGUAUUACACCACGGACGUUCACCUGUGUACGACACACGAAAGAACAAUUGGUGACCAGACAUUUGCAGAAGCUGUGGAAGCCUUCGUUAUUCACUUUGAUCCAAAACAGGUAGAAAGUUUCAAGUUGGUUAAAGCCUGGCUACCGUACCUUGAACAGAUUGAUCCAGAGAUUCAAAUACUUGCCUGUGAAAACUGUUCCCAUGACGACACUGUCAGUCGAUUAACAGCUCAAACUUGGUGUAUAGAAAACAGCUUUGAGCUGGUGGAGUUGUCUCCCUUAGAUGAUGAUGACGACGAUGAUGUUGAAAAUGAUUUCCCCGAAACAACAGGAAUAAAGAGAAUAAUACAAGCUCUGCAUGCACAUUCCUGGCCAAACCUGAAACUAAAAGAAAACCCUGAUAUUUGUAGUCCUUACUUCAAGCAGUUAAUGCAAGAGGAAGCACUUGAAAUGAAAAAGGAAGAAAAUAAAACAGAAGAAAUAUUGUGUGAAGACGAGAAAACCACAACUCUGAGUGAAACAACAAUACAGGAUUCGACAACAGAAAUAGAUUGUGAUUGGGGUGAAUUACAGACUGCAAAAACUGAUAACCCAAAUGGGUUACCUGAAAACACGAAAGAUAACUCUAAUGAGUUACAAAAAAGGAAGAAAGAUAACUGUUGUUGUGAACCAUGUGUUGAAAAAGAGAACUCGUGUGUUUGUGUACAUAAUGGUGAGAAAAAGGAACUGACCACAAAAACCUUAGAUAAGAAAUCUAAAACAAGUGAGAUAUCCACUGAAGAAAAAAUUGAUGGCCUCCUUCCGACAGACGACAUGUCUCUGUUUGCCGCUCUUGGUAAUGAAGAUCUCGGAAGUGAAUCGUUUGAGGAACUCUUUCACCAACUCAGCACCAUGAAGGACACUGCUUCCAAGUUGCCAGCUGAUGAAAGAAAAAUUUAUGCAGAAAAGAUUGCUAUAAAGUUCUGGAAGGCUAUUGGUGGAGAUGAGGAUGAAAUAGCUGGUUUGUCAGAUGAUGAUGAUGAUGCAUCACAAACAUCUUAAAUGAUGCAUGAUGGCACCAAUGUGUUAUGACUAUCUUUAGCAAGGAACGAUAGGAUGUUUUUUUCAAUCUUGAACAAUAUAUGGUAGCACCUUCAUUUGUUAUCACCAUUUUGUGUGGUGCAUGGUGGUACUUUAAUCAUCUAUACAUCCAUCCUGAAUGACAUCUGAUGGUACCUUUUGUUUAUAGUGAUCAUCUUGAAUGAUACCUUCCAUUUUGUUGUUACAGGGUGUAUAACCAAAUCAAAUCCCAAAGACGACAAUAGUAAAAUAUGUGGCUAAAACUCCUACCUGCAGCAUAUCAAUCAACAUAAACGCCACGGAUAUAAAUACUACCACCCCUUGCACUUAAAGUGAAUCAGA